ACAACAAGCUGCUAACUUCAACAAAUUGUUGCUCUGCAAAUUUCAAAAACAUAAGCAUUAUGGACAACUAAAAGCAGGCAACACACACAAACACAUAUACACUCGUAUUAAACGCAUAACGAAAAUUAACGCCAGAAGGCGCUUACCAACAACAACAACAACAUCGACUGUAGAAAGAAGUAAAUAGACAAAAGCAACAAAAUGCAACAACUCCAACAGUUGAUCUGCAUCUGCAGCUGCAUCUUGAUCAGCAUCUGUGUGAGCCAAACGGAGGCUCUGGCCAAUUGCCCGCCCGGCUGCCAGUGUGACGAUAACACUCUGGUGGUGCAGUGCGGUGAGGGGCAGCUGGAUGUGCUGCCCAUUGCAUUGAAUCCCUCGAUACAGCGACUGGUGAUCAAGAGCAACAAGAUCAAGACCAUCGAUUCAUCCAUACAAUUCUAUGCAGAGUUGACAUUUUUGGAUCUGUCGCAGAACCAUUUGAUGACCAUACCUCAGCGCACAUUUGCCUAUCAGAAGAAGCUGCAAGAGGUGCAUCUGAAUCACAACAAAAUUGGACAGAUUAGCAAUAGGACCUUCAUUGGUCUGUCCGCUGUAACCGUGUUGAAUCUGCGUGGCAAUCUCAUCUCGGAGCUGCAUCAAGGAACAUUUUCGCCUCUUCUUAAGAUCGAGGAGCUGAAUUUGGGCGAGAACCGCAUUGGUUUUCUGGAUCCCAAGGCCUUUGAUGGACUGAAACAGUUGCGCAUUUUGUAUCUGGAUGAUAAUGCGUUGACAUCCGUGCCAGAUCCUGUCAUAUUCCAGGCCAUGCCCAGUCUGGCUGAAUUGUUCCUGGGCGUGAACUCACUGCUGACCAUACAAUCGGGUGCUUUCCAGGAUCUGAAGGGUCUGACACGCUUGGAGUUGAAGGGCGCCAGCUUGCAGAACAUCUCACAUGACAGUUUUCUGGGUCUGGAGGAGCUGCGAGUUUUGGAUCUAUCCGAUAAUCGCCUGCCACGCAUUCCCUCGGUGGGUCUCAGUCAUUUGGUGCGUCUGGAGCAACUUUCCUUGGGCCAAAAUGAUUUCGAAGUGAUCAGCGAGGGCGCCUUUGUGGGCCUAAAGCAACUGAAGCGUCUGGACAUCAAUGGUGCCCUGAAACUGAAGCGUGUUAUGACCGGCGCCUUUGCAUCCAAUGGCAACCUGGAGUAUCUGAACUUGUCAUCCAACAAAAUGCUUGUGGAGGUUCAGGAGGGAGCACUCAGUGGAUUGCCACAUCUGCGACAUGUUGUACUGAAGGCAAAUGCAUUGACAUCCCUGGCUGAAGGUCUGUUUCCCUGGAAGGAUUUGACCACAUUGGACUUGUCGGAGAAUCCCUUGGCUUGCGAUUGCCGUGUGAUGUGGCUGCGUAACCUGCUGAUCGCCAAGAAUGCCAGCCAGGAGGAUCAGUUGACGGAUCUGCUCUGCGAAUUCCCCGAACGUCUGCGAGGAGAGGCCUUAAAACAUCUGAAUCCCACUUUGAUGGGCUGCACACACACCGAUCCCCGCAAGCAGGCAUUGAUUGGUGCUCUCCUGGUGGGAUCUGCAGCUACGAUCACCGCCUUGGCUUUGGUCUUGUACCGCUGCCGUCAUAAGAUACGCGAGUAUCUCAAAGGUGGACUGUGGGGCAAUUCGGCGUUGGGUCGCAAGGAGCGCGAAUAUCAAAAGACUUUCUGCGAUGAGGACUACAUGUCGCGACUGCAGCAUCAUCCCUGCUCCCUGGGCAUCCACUCGACGUUCCCCAACACCUACACGGCGCCACAUCAGGGCCAUGCUGCUGGCCAUCAUCAUUACGGCAUGUGCCCCAUGCCCAUCAACGACCUGAAUGCCGUCGACGGUCAGCACAAGUUCCAGCAGUUGCAGGUGCCCAUGUCGGCCACAUUGAUGCAUGAGAAGAAGCUGAACAACAACAAGAGCUUGGCGGGUAGCAUCGAUGACAGCGCCAGCUUUGUGUUGCACAUGAAGACGGCAACAAUGGGCCGUGAGCAGCAGCAACCGCAGCAGGCGCAACAGCAACAACUGCAACUGCAACUGCAACAGCAACAUCCACAACAAUCCAAGCUCAAUCAUUAUACGAAGCCACAGUUUCUGUCUGCCACAGCAACUGUAGCUGACUCCUGUUACUCGUAUGCGGAUGUGCCCAUGGUGCAUGCCCCACAACAGCUGCGCAUCAGCCACGAGCACUUCAAGCAGCGCGAGCGUGAACCACGCGACUUUGACAACGAUGCGACCAGCGAGAUCAUGGAUCCCAACUACAUCUACAGCAAUGCCCACUACUCGUUGCCCCUGGAGCAGAUGGGACGCAGCAAGACGCCGACGCCGACGCCACCACCGGUGCCACCAGCAUUGCCACUGCGCAACGGACUCUGUGCCACCACCGGACGUCGCUCCUUCCAGCACAAGCCGACGCACAGCAACAAUACGAGCACUAUGCGUCAGUUCACGCACUGAUCCUCGGAGCACUAUCGUCGCAGGCAGCUGAGCAUCUAUGCUUAGUCCGUUCUGCCGCUGUCAACUGUGAUGCCAAACGCCCCCCUCUACCUUCCCUUUCUCCUCCCCCCCUCGCACCAGCACAAAACAAACAACAGAAUAUGAGAAAAUAGUAGUAGUAGAGCACAUAAGACGAGUUUACACGUGUCCUGAUUCACGAUUCACGAUUCACGAUCAACUUUCAACUCACCUACUUUUCCUAUAUUAUAUAAGUAUAAAACUCUUCAACUCCCAUAGAUAAUAUGAAAUUCCAAUAGUCUUAAUACCAUAGAAAUUUAUAGAAUAGUUUAACAGACAACUGGCAGGUGUGAACUGUACUUAAUGCAAUGUUCACACCUCUCAGUUGACUGACAGGAUUAUUCAAAAUAUUUUUGUAGUAUGCCAUGAAAAAUAUUUGAAUUUCAUAAAAAAAACUAGUAUUUGACACGUGUGAACAUUGACACUUAGUUCGUGAUAAGUAAAACUCGAAUAAGACA